UUCGCGAGAGUUACAUCGCUGGACACAGCAAUUGAGCAAUAAAGACUCUUUAACAAGCAUCCCGCUUCACUGGUGACCCCGACUGCCUCGCUGAAGUCUCAGAGGCAUUUCGAACACCUUAUUGCAAUGGCGGACUAUAGCUUUUUCGAGCUGGCGACUUUCAACGAGUCUUCUGCGGCUGCGUGGUUCGCGUUCGCGGAGGAGCAGUUCGUCCUCCGUGGUGUUUCGAACGACACCAUGCGCUUCUACCACGUGGUAGCCGCGCUGGGGUGCUCGACGGCGGUCAAAGCUCAGCGCUUCGUAGUCUUUCCGCCGAAGGAGGACAAGUAUGGGGCUCUUAAGGCGCACCUUCUCCUACUCUUUGACCGGUCGUGUGCUUUAUCGACUCCAAAGGCGCCCAAAAGGCCCGCCACGAUAGCCCGACUGCCUGAGGUUCACGCCUGCGUUGGCGGCCCUUCCGCCCCGGUUCCUCGCAGACGUCCUCCCGUCCCAGUGCCCACGCCACCGCUGCGCGCUUCCGCUCUGACUCUUCCCGAAGCCGAAGUUGCUGUCUCGCCUCCGGCACCGCUCUCGCUCGCCUCGCUCCGUCGCCGGUCUCCGUCGACGCCGCUGCGCCCGUCCCUGGCUCUUCUGGCUGCGGCGCCAUUGCGCCAGCCUGCGGCCUACUCAACGACGGUGCGCCCGCCUGCGGCCUACUCGACGACGCCCCGUCCGCCUCGGGCCUACUCGACGGCGCCCCAUCCGCCUCGGGCCUACUCGACGGCGUCCCGUCCGGCCCUGGUCUACUCGACGGCGUCCCGUCCGGCCCUGGUCUACUCGACGGCUUCCCGUCCGGCCCUGGUCUUCUCGACGGCACUGUGCCUGCGCUUGGCCUUCCUCACGACGUCAUUCCUGUGCCUGCGUCUCUGGCCACUGCUGACGUCGCUCCAGCACCUGAUCCUUUGGAAGUCUCCGAGGUCGCCCCUCUACCGGCGCCGCUGGACGCCGCUGCCACUGACCUCACUCCAGCGUCUCCGGGAGUCUCCGAGGUCAGUCCUCUGCCUGCGCCGCUGGCCAUCGCCGCUAGCCUUGCUGCUGUGCCGGCGCCUCCGGAAGUCUCCGAGGUUGCACGUCGGCCAGCGCCAGCGAAUGCCGCCCCCGACAUCUCUCCUCGUCCGCCGCCUUUGGACAACGAUGGCGUCGCUCCGGUUUCGGCGUUUCCCCCGCUCCUGCUACGACCGGUCGACUUGGUUCGUCUCGCCUGUCGCCCUCGUCCACGGCCGGGCGACUCCAACCGCCACGCCGGUCGCCCUCGUCUCCGGCCUCGACCGGUCCAUUCCGACCGCCGCGCCCGUCGCCCUCGUCUGCAGCCUCGACCGGGUGGUGCUGCUCGUCGCAGGUCUCGACCUCUUCCUCGACCGCUGCUGAGCAACGCGCGCCGCCUCUCUCGGCGUCCGCUUCUCCGGCCUCGCCUGCGCGGUGCUGCACGGCGCGCUCCUCGUUAUGGGGGGCCGUUAGGGACAUAAUUCAGGAUUACCUUUCACACACACUUAUCAAACGUUCUCACACACUCUAUUGAAACAUUUUCUGCGCACGUAUAGAUGUGAGAUUCUCGCACGCAUACAUGUGAUAUUCACGCACACAUACAUAUGAGACGCGUGCACGAAUACAUGUGAAAUAUUUUUUGCGCACGCAUAUGUAUGAAAUCCUUGCACGCUUACAUGUGAGACCCGCGCGCGCAUAUAUAUGAAAUCCUUUCACGCUUACAUGUGAGACCUGCGCGCGCAUGUAUAUGAAAUCCUUUCACGCUUACAUGUGAGACCAGCGCGCGCGCAUAUAUAUGAAAUCCUUUCACGCUUACAUGUGAGACCAGCGCGCGCGCAUAUAUAUGAAAUCCUUUCACGCUUACAUGUCAGACCAGCGCGCGCGCAUAUAUAUGAAAUCCUUUCACGCUUACAUGUGAGACCUGCGCGCGCAUGUAUAUGAAAUCCUUUCACGCUUACAUGUGAGACCAGCGCGCGCGCAUAUAUAUGAAAUCCUUUCACGCUUACAUGUGAGACCAGCGCGCGCGCAUAUAUAUGAAAUCCUUGCACGCUUACAUGUGAGACCAGCGCGCGCGCAUAUAUAUGAAAUCCUUUCACGCUUACAUGUGAGACCAGCGCGCGCGCAUAUAUAUGAAAUCCUUUCACGCUUACAUGUGAGACCAGCGCGCGCGCAUAUAUAUGAAAUCCUUUCACGCUUACAUGUGAGACACUCACGCGCAUGAAUGUGAAAUCUUUGCGCUUAUACAUGUGAGACACUUACGCGCAUACAUGUGGAAUACUUUUUGCGCACGCACACAUGUGAAACAAUAUUUUGGGUGCCAUGUUUGUACUACAUGUCGAAUCCAUUUUGACUGGGAGUGGAUGGAAAGGAAGAUCGGAUGUCUAACACUGUCAUUACCAGCCGUGAAGUUAAAGCUGGCAGUAUUUUUAUGCUCCUAAAUGUUUCCCAUUCAGAAACAGCUCUGUCAACACGUUGCAAAAAUGAAACCUAGGUGGCUCAGGGUGCGUCAUUGAGAUUCGGCGUCUGUUGUUGUACGGCUGGCGCUGCAUUAACUUACCAUCACUUCCAGCGAAUGUCGACGGAACGUGGGUCCAGAGCAUAGCUGCAAUCAGCACGAAGUACCGCAAAAUAUUUGCAUAAAUAUAUAGAAAUAAUGUAUAUAUAUACACAUACAUAUAUACACACAUACACUAUACAGGGUGAUGAAAAAAAGAAUGGGCCAAAACCAUUGUGGUAAAUUGGGGGGGCAAUAACUACAUUGACACAAGUAUUGUAUAUUUUUGUUUUUAUUUCAUGCUUUACAAGUGCUCAAUGUGACCACCAGCAGCAUCACAGACAAUCAAGCCGAUAUGACUUAAUUCGUUAAGAUUACUUACUUGUUAAAGUAAAAAAAAAAAAAAAAAAAAAAGUAAGUACUUUAUUUAAUUAAAAAUGUAAUAAUUUCAGUCUAUUUCAAUAAUUUUGAAAUGAAUAAAUGCGUGAUGAUUUUGGCACAUUGAUUUUUAAUCACCCUGCACAUACAUCAUAUAUAUAUAUAAACAUAUUAUAUACAUAUUCACUAUAUAAAAUUAUGUACACAUAAUAUGCGGUCAAUAAACUAUACUGCGACAUUUUAUUCAUAAACUGUAAUACUGUCUUGCAUCUGUGAAUAAACACACAAUUUGCACUUCAGUCUCCAAGGCAUAUUUAUUUGGCAAUUGGAAACGAGGUGGGGGGUGCAACACUUUUAUUUUUUUUAAUAUUUCAAAAUACAGUUCCAAUGGACUUCUUCAAAUUUGAAAUUUUACCUUUUUCAUCAAUCAUAUGCAAACUGAUAUUGACUAUCAAACCAUACUCGGUGUAGUAGUUAAAGUUAAAGAUACAUUUUUAUAUACAUACUCAUUAACUUAAGUACUGGGGAUGGGGCAAGUUAGUAGCUCACAUGUUGUUUACUGAAUUCUCAUCUCAGAAGCGAAACAAACAUUAUUUCUUUUACACAUUUUAAACAACAAACCAACCAAAACAAUACUGCGCUCAAACCAGUGUGGUAUAAAUAAAUAUAAUAAAAAUUAUUUGUUGUUGUGUGGGACAUUUCCAACACCGUAUAUCCAGGUCUGCUCGCGUUGUCGUUGAAGAACUGGUUCCACGAUGCUAGGCUAGCUGCAAAGGCUACCCCAGGAUACAUCGGCGUGCCCGGGCAUCUGUCUCGGAGUGCCCGCGCGGCGUGCGAGAACUAUACCACCGAGCCACCAAUACUUGCAAUGGAAGACGGGCGGCACGCUGAAAUGAAUAAUCAAAGGGAACACAAAGAAACAGACGAGCAUUGGCACCCACAUCGUAUUCAUACCGUCAUUGAGUGACAAUUCAUCCCGCGCUUCCUUGGUCGAAAUCGAUAAGAAACCUGGAUUCGUCCACAAUAGCGUCCCGAGGCCUCCAUUUCACUGGGCCAAACACCGGAGGAACAGUCGACGCCCACGUCAAUUGCGUCAGAAGCUACAAUGUAGCUUAUUGGUCAAACUAACGUCACCCCCUCACGAUUUUACAAAAUAAAAGCAGGCACAUUAUGUUAAAUAGGAAAAGGGUGAUUUUACACACCAAAAAAAGGUCCACGACACAUAUUUAGAUGAUAUAUAUGUAUUUAUUCUAUUAAGAAUGUUGCCAAGCUUGAAUGAUGCUUUAUACAAGUAAAAAUAUAUCGCUUCCGCCGUAAAUACUUUUAUUUUGAAAAGGACCAGUACAGCUUCCUACUAUAAAAUGCCUCGUAUACUAUCUACUGAAAUGCCGUGCACUGUCAUUUGUGAGAUGCUCUUCUACACACAAGUGAGAUUCUGUGCAGUCUCAUUACUGAGAGCCUCUUAUACACACAAGUGAAUAACCUCUCACACAUAAGACUGAAAAAUAUCUCACAUUCCUUGGUCAAACGUUCGUAUAAAUGCAUGUGAAAACAUCUGUACAGAUACGUAUGACUUAAAAAGCUAUCAGACAUAAGUCUCGGUAAUUAUAAGUAUGGGGGUAAUUAUAAGUAUCCACAUUGAUGCAUGCCAUUGAAUUAUAAUAAAUUGAAUGGUUGAAUAAUCAAGAAAGCAAGAUAUUUUCAUUAGCACAUAUAUUUUAAGCUUGAUAAAGAUAGAUCUAAAUAAAGUUUAAGAUUUUUUUAGCAUUAUUGAAUAAAUUAUAUUGUGUGUUUUAAACGUGGCAUUAAAAAACAACAACAAUAAUAUUACAUUUUAUUUUUAGGUGUCUUUCAGGACACUCAAGAUUGCCGUACAAGGUAAAAGGUAAAAAAUAAGUUAAAAUACACACAUACAGAUAAAACCCACAACAAUGUUAAAUUAAAAAGAAUAAUGGAAUUAUGAGGAAGAAAGCCUGUCUGAAUAAAUAUGUUUCAAGAUGUUACUUGGCUGAGAUUGUAAGGAAGUCCAAAGUAUUGUGCGGCCUCAUCAACAUCAAAUUAUAAUCGAUAUAAGGGUCAGCAGGGAUGAAAUCGAACUACAUAUUCACACACAUUCAGUACUAGCCUACAUUCUAUAAUGAAGUGGAACACUGAUAAAGGUAUAGUUUAUGGUUUUUAUUUAAAACUGUAUUUUUGAUGACUGCUGUUAGUUAAAACGUCCACUAGAUGGCAUUAUAUGAUCUUGCAUUGCACUAAAACCAGGUAUAUGAGCGUUGCAUUUUGGGAAAUGAAGAUGCUAUGAACGCUAAUGGAGAAAACGCUAACGCUAGCGCGACCUCUUUCAAACCAAAGAAAAACUGACGAGUUCCAGACUGCUCUAAUCAGCGAAUUACAUCUGAGUUCUGUGUGAUACAAGUGUCUGACAGAAUUGAUGUCAAGGAGGAUUCGGCCUGAUUCAAUGAGGGAUUGAGGACCAAUUUUUUUCAACUUCAGCCAACUGUUGGAGCAUCACCCAAAGCAGAUAAGGUCGUGGAGGAAAAGACGUUAGUUUGACCAAUAAGCUACAUUGUAGCUUAUGACACAAUUGAAGUGGGCGUCAACUGUUCCUCCGGCUUUUGGCACAUUUAAAUGGAGGCCAGUAUCCGGACGAGUCCAGGUUACCUGCUGAUAUCGACAAAGAGAAGCACAGGAUAAAUUGCCACUCAGUGACGGUAUGAAUGUGGGUGCCAAUGGUCGUCUGUCUCUUUGUGUACCCUGUGAUUAAUCAUUUCAGCGUGCUGCCCGUCUUCCAUUGCAAGUAUUGGUGGCUCGGUGGUAGAGUUUUCGCACGCUGCGCGGGAACCCCGAGACUGAUGCCCGGGCACGCCGAUGCAUCUUGGGGUAGCCUUUGCAGCUAGCCUCGCAUCGGGGCAACAGUUCCGCUACGACAACGCGAGCAGACCAGGAUAUACGGUGUUGGAAAUGUCCCACACUACAACAAAUCAUUAUUUUAUCCACACUGGUUUGAGUGCAAUAUUGUUGUGGUUGGUUCGUUGUUUAAAAUGUGUAAAAGAAAUAAUGUUUGUUUUGCAUGUGGGAUGAGAAUUCAGUAAAACGGCAUGUGAGGGACUAACUUGUCCCCCCCCUCCACAGUACUUAAGUUACUGAAUAUGUAUAUAAAAAUGGAUCUUAAGCUACUAUACCGAGUGUGGUUUGAUUGUCAAUAUCAGUUUGCAUAUGACUGAUGAAAAAGGUAAAAUUUCAGAUUUGAAGAAGUCCAUUGGAACUGUUUUGAAAUAAAAAAAACCAUCCCACCUUGUUUCCAAUUGCCAAAUAUAUAUGCCUUGUAGACUGAAGUGCAAAUUGUGUUUAUUCACAGAUGCAAGACAGUGUUAAAGUAUAAGAAUAAAAUGUCGCAGUAAGGUUUAUUGACCACAUAUU